UGCCUGCUGCCGCUGAGCAGCAGCAGCUAGCGCAGGCGGCCUGCUUGAUCUUUGACUUGGAGGAUUCAUGUCGAUGGUAGCACGUUCUGGUCCCGAGAUUACGCCCACCGGAGGUCAAAUAUAUCAGAAAGAACUAAGAAGACGGAUCAAAGUUAGUUAGAAUUAUUCCAAAGCAACAGCACAAAAUCAUGAUGAAGAAGACAAAAUUAGAUUUUGGUGAGGCCCGAGAGGAUCGUUUCAUGCUUCCAGGAAUAGAUUUCAAAUCUAAGAUGAUAGGAAUAGAACCUGUAGGAGAGGCUAGGGGUGAUAAGAUGUGUAUGGAUGCUAUGAUCAAAUUAAAGUACUUAGUUAAAACAUCAGGAGAACACAAAGCAAGAAUUAUAAUCAAUGUUUCUAUUGAAGGUAUUAGAAUUCUGGAUGAGAAAACAAGGGAAGUAUUACACCAACAUGAAGUCCAUAGAAUAUCCUUCAUAUCAAGAGAUCCAACAGAUCCCAGAGCAUUUGGUUAUGUCUAUGGAGAGCAAGGAAAUCACAAAUUCUAUGGAAUCAAAACAGAAAAACAGGCUGAUGCUCUUGUACUAACUCUCAAAGACCUCUUUGAAGUGGUCCUGGAUCUGAAGAAACAACAGAUUGCACAACAAAAAAAGGCAGAACAACUCACAUCAUCAUCUCCGCCUACAGAAGAAAAUAAUUCUGAGCCUAAGCAGGUCGUCUCAUUCAAGAAUCCACCGCCAGCAGAAGGAACAGUGAAUGGUUCUGAUCCUAUAUACGCCCAGGUUGACAAGCCUAAGCUGACAGCGUUAGCUGCUGAAUUAGACACUGCAUCACCACCAUCAUCAGGGCUUUUAGAUCUGGAACAAGAAGUCAAGAAUAUUCAAAUGGUAAGACACUUCAAGGGUGCCCUAAAUUAUCAUUUUGGAGAGAAAAUUAUUCAUGCAUAUUUUCUGAAAAAAAUCAGAUUUAUUCAGAAGGUAUAUACAUGUAUACAUAGGAGAAUUGAGGCGGCAUGAAUAUUGAAGACAAAAGAUAAGAUUUUACAAAAUUCCAAGAUCUCCAAUGUGAAGUAGGAAAUCUCUAUAUACAAUGAUGAAUUAGUAAAAGAAGAAAUACCAGUCAUGCAUUCAUUUGGCUAAAAACUGCAUAGAUCUACAGUUUUAAAGUUUCAUUCUCUUUAAGGCUAGAGCGAUGCUCCAAAAACAGACAGUUUUAAAGUUUGAUUCUCUUUAAGGCUAGAGCAAUGCUCCACAAAACAGACAGUUUUAAAAUUUGAUUCUAUUUAAUGCUAGAGCAAUGCUCCACAGACAGUUUUAAAGUUUGAUUCUCUUUAAGGCUAGAGCAAUGCUCCACAAAACAGUUUUAAAAUUUGAUUCUAUUUAAUGCUAGAGCAAUGCUCCACAAAACAGAUAGUUUUAAAGUUUGAUUCUCUUUAAGGCUGGAGCAAUGCUCCACAAAACAGGCAAUGCACCAACAAAAAAAGUACUAAAAAGUAUUAAAAAGUGUAAUGCUGCAUGCACAGUAAAAGGAUCAAUUUAUGUAGAAGGUAUUCUGCAUUUACAGAGCGCCAUCUACUGGGCAGAUGUCAUUGUGUUCAUGCAGUGUUAUUCAUAGAAGUAUGGCUAAUAAAGAAGGGAAAAGUAAAGGAGGAAGGCGGAAUGAUGAUGGGGGAUGAAAGGUGUCAGGACUAAUGAAUGAAAUCCUUGGUUUUGAUUUUCAGAGAAACUUUGUAACUCUCAGAGAAUGGCAAAGUGCUGGCAUACUUGAUGGAAGGAUACCCUUGUCUUAUAUACAUCACCUACUACUAGCAUUCAUUUGCUGGAAGUAAUCAACAAAAUGCUGAAGAUUUAAUUAAAAUACUGCCACUCUCCUUUACAUUUAUCUCUCCUCAUGCAUGUAUAAUACAUGUAAACCUUUUUUUCCAACCAAAGUAUAGGUUUAUAACAUGAAGACGUUUGAUGGUUGGUUUGCUUGUUGGUUUUACAGAUCAUAAACAAUGCAAAGAUGCAAGUCAUCCUGUAUAAUACAUGUAAUUGUCUUCUGACUUUAUGUGAUAAACAUACCUUGUACAUAUUUCUUCCUCUGUCUUGUUGUUUAGGUGAACACCACCACAUUCCCCCCUCCACAUUGAUUAGCAGGAGCAGGGACAUGUGACAUAUAAGGCCCAUUAUACGCCCGUCCUAGACGGGAGGUAUUAUGGUAACACGCUCGAUGUCUGUCUGUCCGUCCAUUUACUUUUCCCUGUAAACACGUUAACUUUAACGUAACCUAGGCUCAUAUAAUUUGGUGUGUAUGAUACAAGCAUGGAUCACAGGAACCCAAUUGAUUUUGAGGUAAAAAGGCCAAAGGUCAAGGUCACAGUGACAUGUUUUUAUCUUACCCUUCUAAGUCCUUGUAAAUGCGAUAACUUCAGUUUAACUUAUCCUAGGCUCAUAUAAUUUGGAUUGUGUGAUAUUAGCUUAGAUCUCAGGGAGCCUAUUGAAACUGAAUUCAAAAGUUUUCUUCCACUUUUCUUGCUUGUCCAAUAACUCCAUUUUCCGCAUUACAGCUGGGCGUAUUAUGUGCUCGCCCUAGCGACACUCUUGUUCUUAGAUUGAAUGGAAAACAACAAAAUGCUGAACUGUUCAAUAUAAUGUUCUAUGAAACAGUCCCAGCAUCACAGAGAGUAGAGUUAUUAGGAAAAGGAUAAGAACACGGAAACAUAGCAGAUAUUUGGACAAGAUAAUAGGGAACUAGAAAUAGGAAAUUCUGUCAUUUGUAACAAAAAUUAGCUUGCUGUUCUUUAUCUCAGCACCUACCAAUAAUUAGUUGGUUUAGAAGUUUUCAUUGUUUAUAUAAUAGCCUCACAGAGGGAUUUCAGACGGAUAGAGAAAGAGAGUGGGAAAAUAGGGAGAUAGGGGGAAAUAGAGGCUGGGGAGUGUUGGUAAAUCAUGACAAGAUUUAUGAGAGCAGAAGAAAAUAUUCAUAGAGAAAAGGAGAGGAGGAAAGAAAGGGCAAGGUAAAUAAAUAGAUAAUGGAAGAGAGAGAAAAAAGAGAGAAUGAAGGGAAGAGAAAAAAAUACUAUUACUAGUGAAGUAAUAAUGGAGAACAACGAAAAAUUAUGAAGAAAAGAGGGAGAGAUUAUUAAGAGAGAAUGUAAUUACAUGUAUAAAAAAGGAACAGGAGGGGAACGUAGUAAAUAAAGAAGUGAAUGAGGAGAGGUAUGACUUCUCACAUGUUCCAUUGAAGACCAUUGAGAGAAGGAGGAAGAAACAAUGGAGUGUUUCAUAACAAAUUUUUUUAAGCUACUGCCAAUUCUUGCUUCAGAUUUACUUAAAGCAAAUAAGUCAGUGAAAUUCACUUUCCAGAUGAAACAAAGUAAGGAAAAGAGAAAGUUUUUUAGACAGAGUGGUGAGAAUUCAACAAUGUAGGCCUACUGACAACAUUCAUACAAUCAUGAACUAAUAAUAAUACGUCUCCUACCAAGUCUUCUAUGACCCUCUCAGGAGUAACUCAGACGGCAAGACUACAUGUAUAUUAAUGGCCUGCUCAGGAGUCACUCAGACGGCAAGACUAUAUUAAUGGCCUGCUAAGGAGUCACUCAGACGGCAAGACUACAUGUAUAUUAGUGGCCUGCUCAGGAGUCACUCAGACGGCAAGACUAUAUUAAUGGCCUGCUCAGGAGUAACUCAGACGGCAGGACCAUAUUAAUGGCCUGCUCAGGAGUCACUCAGACGGCAAGACUAUAUUAAUGGCCUGCUCAGGAGUAACUCAGACGGCAAGACUAUAUUAAUGGCCUGCUCAGGAGUCACUCAGACGGCAGGACUAUAUUAAUGGCCUGCUCAGGAGUCACUCAGAUGGCAGGACUAUAUUAAUGGUUCGCCCGGAAGUAACUCAGAUGGCAGGCCCAUUUUAAUGGCCUGCUCAGGAGUAAUUUACUGAUAUGGAAGGACUAUAUGUGUCCCGCUCGGAGUUACUCCCUCAGAUGGCAGGACCAUAUUAAUGGUCCGCUCGGGAGUAACUCAUUCAGAUGGCAGGAUUAAUGGUCUGCCUGGGAGUAGCUCACUCAAACGGCAGGACCAUAUUAAUGGCCCACUCAGGGGUAACUCAUUCAGAUGGCAGGACCAUAUACAUGUAUGGCCCAUUAUAAAAAUCAACAGUAUUUCAAAGUAAACAUUUACUCAUUUUAUGGAAAAUAUAGGAUAAUGAACAUAAUCACAUUGUUUUAGGUGCACAUGGAUAUGAUGUGCACGCUUAUGAGUGAAAGCUAUCCCAUAAUUCUUUGUGUUCUGGCUUUUUUACCAACCUUUUGAACUCUUGCAGAGUUUUUGAUUGUUUGAAGCUAAUAUGCAAUGUGAGUGUGUCACCCUUCUUCAUUGCCAAUUAAGUCCCUUUGGAAUUAUGAGGUGUUGAGUAUCACCUUCCUUCUUGGAGAUCAAAUCAAUUAGAACUUGACAGCUCAAAGAAUUUUAAGUAUUGCCUCCUGUAAUUCUCAACUACAUGUAUCUGUAAAGAAAGAUUAUAUUCUUUCAAUUAUACAAUUGAUUUUGAUAACUGCCUAUAUAUGAAGUACAUCGAUGAUGGAAAGCCUUUUUGAUGGCAAAUGUUUAUUACAAUUGUAUAAUUGUACUCAAGUUUUCUUACAUUCAAUGCAACAUUAUUCUUGAAGUGCAAGUAAUAUUGAACUGUUUACCAGUGAACAGUAAAAUUAUAAAACCCAAAAGAUGACCAGGGCCCAUCUUACAAAGAGUUACGAUUGAUCCCAUCAAUCAUAAAUAUGUCCA